AUGGAUAAGGAGUCUAAAUACAGGAGGGAUCCGGGUUAUACCAAGGCAUCAACGGCCAGCGCCACAGCCCCUCGCCGCACAAGAGGCCAUGCCGCCGCAGGUUCCGCUGAACGCGCCGCCGCUCCGCCCGCUCCCGCCGGCCCGCCGCCCGUCAGCUUCGAUCUUAACGACUUCAAGGGCGCAUUCUCCUUCGACGAUUUCUUCAACACGCUAGCGGGCGAGUUCCUGCCCAGCAUCCCAGCUGACGACGGGCUGCCGUCGUCCGACCCGUCAUCCGGCCCCGUGGGCUUCCCCGAGGCAGAGGCCCUGCUGCCGCGCUUCCGCGAGUCCCGCCGAGAGCUGCUCGAGCUCAACCGCCGGGUGGACGAUCGGUUGGAGAGGCUGCGCAAGGACGUGGCGGCACAGGACAGCGAGCACAAGGAGACGCUCGGCAAGCUGGAGCGGGGAGUGGAGGGGCUGUUUGACAGCUUUGGCCGUCUCGAUGCACGCAUCUCGGGUGUAGGGCAGACGGCUGCUCGUAUCGGUGACCACCUGCAGAGCGCUGAUGCACAGCGAGAGACCGCAUCCAACAUCAUGGAACUCAUCAAGUAUCUGAUGGAUUUCAAUCGCAGCCGGGGCGAGUCAGUGCAGUUCCUGCCGCUCGCUGCUGUCUUCCUGGACGAGAAGGAGAUGGGCCGCGCUGCUGCCUUCGCCAUGAAACUCAGGGCAUUGGCGGAGGAGGACGAGGAUGCGAGGGAGGUGGUGCCAGGGGAGGGGCGCAAGGGCGGCCCCAGUGCGAGCCCAGGGCUCGAAGUGGCUGUGGACAACCUGCACGAGUACUGCAACGAUCUGGAGAACAAGCUGUUGCAGAAGUUUGAUGCAGCAUCGGCAAAGAAGGACCUCAAGUCAAUGGCGGACUGUGCUAAGACCCUCGAACAGUUCCAGCAGGGCAGCAGGGCGAUCCACCGGUACGUGACGACGCGCCCCAUGUUCAUGGACGUGGAGAAGAUGCGCAACGACAUCCGCAUUGCCACGGGCGAGACCGGCUCCAGCAUUGCCAACGUCAUCGGCCCCGUCAACCCCACGCGCGGCCUCGGGAACCUCUACAAGCAGAUUUAUGACACGAUGGAGGAGGAGCAGCAGACGGUGGAGCAGGUGUUCCCCAACCCCAAGGCGGUCAUGGCCAUCCUCACACAGCGAGUGUUGGAGCAGCGCGUGCACAACGUGCUCAUAGAGAUCCUCAAGACGCCCAACAUCGACAACCCCCCGCCGCUCAAGCAGGGCGGCCUCCUCACCUACCUGCGCACACUGGCUCUCUCAUACGAGAAGACAGUGGACCUAUCGAAGCGCCUGCAGGACCUGGGCUGCGGGGACCUUGAUAUCCAAGGCACGGUGGAGGGCAUAUUCGCGGAGCACAAGGACAAGUACCUGGAGGUGGAGCAGCGCUCGCUCAUGCAGCAGUUUGAAGAGAAGUGCGAGUCGGAGUAUCAGCAGCAGCAGGCAGCAGCAGGGCCAGGUCUGGACCCGGCAUCUGCAGCGGCGGCGGCAGCGGCGGCGGGAUCCCCUGGGAACCUGGUGCGGCAGCGCACAACGCCCUCGCUGCUGCCGCCGGGAGCGGGGGGGAUAGGCGUGGUUGCGGACUGUGUGCAGUGGAACAAGGAUGCCAUCGAGCGCUGCCGCGUGCUCGUGCCCGAGCCCGCACUGCUGGUGGAGAGUGUCACAGUCAUCUUCAACGUGCUCCUUGACCAGAUGGGCGAGUACACACUGUCAGCGUUGGAGACGGCGAGCAAGGCACUGGCAGAGGCAGCAGCGCUGCGGGAGAAGUUCAGCAUCGGCACUGCCGUCAGCCGCAGAGUCGCCCAAGCUGCCGCCGCCGCUGCGGAGCAAGCAGCAUUGGCAGGGGAGCAGAGCAUUCGCACGUUCUUCAUAGCAGUCAAACGAGCCACUGCUACCGUCUCCACAGUGCAGCAGUACUUCCAGGGGAUGAUUAGCGAGCUGCUGAUGGCAGUGGAUGGGGCGCAUGGCAAGUGUGUGGAGGAGAUGACUCGCAAGCUCGGCGAGGCAGAGGCUGUCGUGCUGCGUGGCAUGCAGGUGUGCAUAGACACGAGUGUGGGCGAGGUGGAGAGGCUGCUGGCAGCAGAGCAGAAGCCAACGGAGUUCAGACCACCCGAGGACGGCACUCUCCCCGACCACCGCCCCACCACCGCUUGCAUCAAGGUGAAGGCAUAUCUGGAGCGCAUAGUGGAUGCGGCACAGACAGCACUGGAGGGGCCCAACCGCCACGCCUUCCUGCUCGAGCUGGGAGUGCGUCUGCACAAGGCUCUGCUGGCACACAUUCAGCGCUUCUCCUUCAACCCCGGCGGUGGGCUGCGGCUCAAGAGGGAUGUGUCCGAGUAUGCAGACUCCAUCCGCGCCUUCAAGACGCCCACUGUCGACGAACUCUUUGAGUCACUCAGCUCGUUGGUGAAUCUGUUCAUAGUGGCGCCGGACAGUCUGCGCACGCUCGUGGACAGCAGCCAUCUCUCGCACAAGGAUGCUCUCAUCAGUAUCGGGCCUUCCCCGUUGAUCCCUCCCCUUCCUGGCGGAAGCGAGUUGGGGGACGGGGCGGAGUUGGGCGGAGGGGACGAGGGGAAAUCGGAGGAAGGGGCAGCGGCGGAGGGUACUAGCCCAAUAGAGCCGCCCGGUGCAUCCCCUGAUACCGCUGCUGCUGCCGUGCUGGCUGCUGUGCCCGCUGUUAUGCCGGCUGCUAUUCCUCCUCCCCUUCCCGCUGCUGCGCCUGCUGCUUCGCUUGCUGCUGUGCCUGCUGCUUCGCUUGCUGCUGUGCCUGCUGCCCCGCUUGCUGCCGCUGCUGGCACGGACGAUGGGAGCAGCAGCAGCACUAGCAGCAGCAGCGUUGACGAGCGCGCAUCAGCAGCACGGGGCGGCAUGCUACCAAUGACAGUGGCACCAGAAGCACGAGCACCGCCGAGCAUGCGCCUUUCCCUUGGAUCCCAACCUUGGCCUCUGCUCCAUCGCGCCGUCUCCUCCGCGUGUCACGCCCUUUACGGCACCCUGCUUCCGCUGCUGCUGCCCCUUUCCCGCGCACCCAAUUCGCCAGGCGGAGCCAAGGCGCAGCAGACCGGGAGGCAUGGGUGUGGAGAGGCACUGGCACGGGCAGGGGCAGGGGCGGAGAAGGAAGAGAGGGAGGAGGACGAGGAGCAGCAGCAGGCAUGGCGAUGGUCGGGGUUACUAUCGUGGGUGUCAGCGUGGUUGGAGGGGUGGCAGAGUGGGUGCCAGUGGCCGUUGUCCAGUCCCUUUGGCCCCCUCUGGGCUGUUGGUUCUGUUGUACUGGUCCCGCUGCUGCUGUCCCUUUUGCUGCUGCCAGUUGUUCCCGUGCUCGUGUGCUGGAUUGCUGUAGCAGCGUUUCUCUCCGCCCUCGCGUCUCUCACCCUCCCACCGGUCCGCAUCACGGCUCACCGUGUGAAGCUGCCAGAUGGCCGCCACGUGGCGGUGUGUGAGUGGGGCGCGGCUGCCAGCGAUGCACGUGUGACUAUCGUUGUGCUGCAUGGCACUCCUAGCUGCCGCCUCAUGGGCAUCCCCAUGAUCAACCCCUCUCUCCUCCACGCGCGCAAAAUCCGCGUUGUCUCCUUCGACCGCCCAGGGAUAGGCCAGUCAGACCCCCACCCGGGAUGGACCCUCCACUCCUCUGCCUCUGACCUGCGCCACCUCGCGUCCCUCCUCUCCCUGCCGCCCAAGUUCUGGGUGCUGGGAUACUCGGGAGGGGGACCUCAUGCCCUCGCAGCAGCCAGGUUCCUGUCUGAGCGUCUGGCGGGGGUUGUGCUGUGGGCUGGGGAUGUGAACCCGUGGGAUCUGGUGGCGGCCAUGGUUGGGGGAGGGGGGAUGGGGGAAAGGCAGGGAGUGGUGGCGGGGAAGGGCAGGGGAGAGAGUGGUGGGGAGCCAGAGGAGAGGAGAGGUUCUAGGGAGUGGGGUGCGGCAGAGGAGAGCAAGGAAAGGAAGGAGAGCAGCGGGAGCAGUGGGAGCAAUGAGGGAUCAGAACCAUCGUCCAUUCUCUCCAAACUCCACAAGCAGUGGGCGGCAUGCCAGCACGCAGCUCUCUUCGCCCUCUCCCUCUGGUCCGCCCUGCCUUUCCCUGCACGCCUGCGCUUCGAGUGCCUGCGCUGGAUCCCUCCCAGCAUCGUCCCCCUCCUCUGCCCGCUGCUCUUCCCACCGCCCCUCGUGCGCCUGCUCGCCCCUGUGGUGCUGUCCGAUACGGCCAUCCACCGUGCGCUCAUGUCGUAUGUGCAGUGGGCGGAUGCACAGGCGCUCUCGCAUCCCCACACCCUCCACAUGCUCGCAGCCACCUGCCAGGAAGCGCUAUACCAGGGGAACGUGCAGGCAGUGCUGGAGGACCUACUGCUGCCCGCACAGCCAUGGGGGUUCUACCUCGCAGACCUGAAACACUGCGACUUCCCAAUCCACAUUUGGCAGGGUACGGAGGACCAGGAUGUGCCAGUGCUGCUAUCAGACCUGCUGGCGCACCUGCUGCCAUGCGUGUCGCUGCACCUGCUGCACGGCCACGGUCACUACUCGCCCUUCGCCCACCCUGACUUCCACCGCGUCUUCCUUGAUACACUCUCACCCGUUGCUGCUGAGGCUGCUGCUGCUGCUGCUGCUGCUGGAAAUUCCUAG